UUUCAGCGGCACCCGGCCGGAGCUACCUUUGAGAUGCCAGGUGUCAUCUGGAAUUACAGUUCUCUUUUUGCGGAGCGGCAUAAAUAACCGUUUAAAGACUAAGAUUGUGCAGUCAACACAGCAUUUAAUGCUACAUUAUUAAUUUGCUGUGAAAAUGUUGGCAGAAUCUGAAGAGCCCCAUGAGGAACUCUGCCUCAUCGAUAAAAACAUCACAAGCUUACUAGAAAUACCUUUAACUAAAAAGAUCAAAUCACUGAAUCUUCAUUUCAAUAAAAUCUCUUCGAUGAAAGGCCUUGAACAUGUGUACCGUCUACGACACUUGGACCUCUCAUCUAAUCAAAUUACUCGGAUUGAAGGCCUUGGAUUGCUGACUUCUUUAAGAACUCUUAAUUUAUCCUGCAACCAGAUAACUAAAAUUGAAGGACUAAGUGGGCUUGUAACCCUUUUCAGUUUGAACUUGUCCUAUAAUAAACUGAAUGAUGUAACAGGUUUAUUGUAUCUACAUGGGACAGAGCCAAAAUUGAAGUACCUUGAUCUUCACAGUAACAGCAUUAGCAAAAUUGAGCAUGUGGUGCAGUGUAUUUCUGGACUCAAGAAUUUAACCCAUCUUACUAUGCAGAAAGAUGGCAAAGGAAACCCAGUCUGCAUGUCUCCAGGUUAUAGAGAAGUCAUUCUUCACUCUGUUCCCCAGUUGCUUUCACUUGAUUGUACAGACAGAAGUGGCAAAACUGUGAACUCAAUUGAUGGAAAUUUGAUCGAUCUACCAGGCUUGGAGGAUUAUAUGGAAUAUCUAUUAUCAUCUGAUUCAAGUUUGAUAACAGAAAAUGCUAACCCUGGGAUACCUUUGAACACUCCCAGAAUUGAUGAGGUGCUUACUCAUUUUCGCCAACGGAAAAAUACAGAAAAUACUAAACAUAGUGAAAGCUCAUCAGAAAUUGAGCUUCCUAGGAUGGCAGAUAUAAAUCUUGCGAAUGAGUUAAGGAUUAAAAAACUUGAGCAUCAAAUUUCUGAGUUAUUUCAAAAGACAGCUUCACCCUCAGUAAAUUCAGUUCUUCCAGUGAGGCAAAAGGCAAAACGGGACACAGAUCAUACAUCUGAAAGUGAAUGUGAAAGUGGAAAAGAGAACGGCAAGAGCUGCACCCGAAGAUCUAAAAUUCAUAGUUUCAAGCAUAACACUGAAGCACCAAGGCGGCAUUUAAGCUUGGAAACUAAAGGAAAUAAAUCUGACAGAGGCAAGGAUGUGUUUCCCGAUGAAACUCUUAGUGAGUCUACUGCUAAAUCGAAUCCUUCUGAUGCGAGUUGCUUGAAGAACAAGAUGAAGAAAAAGCAAGUUGAACCAAAAUAUAAAAAGGCCACUCCUGCAAGCAAGAAGAUUACUUUUACAGAGGAAUCCACAUACAGGGCUCUUGUUGAGGAACUUGAUCAAGAAAAGGAAAGAAGAUGGAAAGCUGAGAAGGCAGUUGAAAAAUUAACAGAUCAGAUAAAAAGUUUACAAGACCAAGUAACCGAAGAAAAGGAUCUGCAAAGCAUGGCUGUCCAUACCACAGAUAGAUUAAAAGAAUUGCUUUUAAAAGAAAAAUCAUCAAAGAGCCACCUUCAAACCAGCGUGCAUGAGCUAACUGAAAAAAUUGAAUCACUUACUGAUGAAUUAAAACAAGCCCGGACUGCUGAGGAACAGCAGAGAAAAGCACUGAAGAAUUUAAAAGACAGCAUUACAAGGACAGAGGCAGAAAGAUUACAGCAGCAUACCGUGGAGCUUAAAGUAAUGCAAGAGAAAGACCUUAAAGCUGCUGCCACCCAAAGAGAACUAGAACUUCUCAGGUCAUCAUUACAGCAGCAGAAAGCAAAGGUGCAUCAGCUGCAUGAACUACUGGCAUCUAAAGAACAAAUACACAGAAAAGAAUUGGAUUGCAGAGUAACCUUGACAGGUCCAGAAUUUCAGAAUGCAUUGGCUAAAGAAAUGGCCAUUGCUGAAAAAAGGCAUUCUCAACAGAUAAAUGAACUGCAAGAAAAAAUUGCUGAUGUGAAGCAGCAAUAUAGACAUUUGGAGGAUGAAUUUCGGAUGGCACUGACUAUUGAAGCAACACGCUUUAAAGAGGUCAAGGACAGCUUUGACCACAUUUCUCUGGAGUUGACAGAAUGUAAGAACACCUUGUCUAAGACUCAGCAAAAGGAGAAACAGUCAGUUAACUUGAUUCAAGACCUUUCAGCAAUGGUGAAAGAACAGAAUGCACGAAUCACUGAAUUGAUGAAGUCAAAACAAGAGGCAGUGUCAGAACUUAAGGUAUUUCCUCAAUAUAAUCGCAUUAGGUCACUGGAAUCUUCAUCCGAGGAUAACAAAGGAAAACAUGUUCAAGUUGAAUUGCUGAAGCAGGAGAAAUCGAAGCUUAUUUCACAGCUAACUGCUCAGGAGUCUGUAAUUGAAGGUCUGAGAGCAGAAAGAAGAAUCUGGGGGCAAGAGUUAGCCCAUCAAGGUGCUUCACUUGCUCAAGACAGAGGGAGACUAGAGGCCAGGAUUGAUGUUCUUUCAACAGAAUUAGAGACAUUGAAGAAGCAAAAUGAAAAGGAUAUUAAUGCUUUAAAGAUUAAGACAAAAAUUAUAGACGAUCAAACUGAAACAAUCAGAAAACUUAAAGAGGCCCUGCAAGAAAGGGAUGGGCAGAUUAGGAAACUUAGAGAAGAACAUUUGCAGACUCAGAAGUCUCUUCAAGAACAGCUUGAAAAUGAAAAUGAACACAUUCAACAGUUACAAGCAAGGGUGGAUAGAUUAACUGAAAGAAAAGAAGAAUUAAAACAGCAUCUUGAAGAUAAGGAAGCAGAAAUUGAAGAUCUUCUAAAAGAAAAGAGAAAGUUUCAAGAAACCCAUCAUGAGCUUACCCAAUUGGAAGCCCAAGUAAGGCAAAUCGCAACUAAAUUUGAUGCCAAAGAAAAGGAACUUUUGGAGGAAAAAGAACAAUCCCGUCAAAAAGAAAGGGCUGCAGUUGAGAAGCUUCGCUCAUUGGACGAUGCUUUUAGAAGACAACUUGAGUCUGUACAGGUGGCCCACCAGGCUGAACUCCUACAUCUUGCAGCUGAAAAGCAAAAGCAAAUUGAAGCAUCAAAUAAGAAGGUAUAUGAAGUAGAAGAGGAGAUGAGACAGCUUCUCCAAGAAACCGCUAACAGCAAAAAAAUUAUGGAAGAUAAAAUGAAAAAGCUCACUGGUGUCCUGAAGGACUUUCAGCAAAUGUAAAAUAUGUGAGGUGCCGGGUGGAAAAUACACACUUCUUGUAGAGAGUAAGUGUUUGGAAUCGUUAACAUUUUAUAGGAAUGCAUUGUAUAUGGAUGAGAGACGGAAGGAGAAAACUAAUUGCUAAAGUUCAAGCAUUUUUAUUGGAAGUGUAAAGUAGACAUAUUUUUGUAAUUUUUGUAAAUAACAAUAAGCCUUCAUGAUGAUGUUGAAUUUUAAGUACUUGAUGAAGUUUAAUAAACUGUUUUCAUACUUUUUGUAAAA